AUGGACACACUUGUGUACGACAUUCGAGGGCCAACGACGGUCCACCUUCAACAUGAAUUGUUUCUGUUGUGUUCCAUGACAUUACUGACCGCGUCCAGUCUCCAGCUGGUCUACACCGACAGCUUUGGGUUGCUGGGAGACGCUUUGUUUAUUGGCGCCACCAGUCUGUGGCUUUCCCGGUACAUUUUGAUCCGAUGGAUCGCCACGUGGGAUGUCUCUACCAGUGCUCAUCCAACCAUCACUGGAAUCCUGUCCCGAUUCAUUACCACCCAUAUCAUGGCAGGACAGUAUUUCGAUCGACCUACGGCGGGUCUCAUGGAAGACGACAAACACGCGUCUUCCACCUUUGAAUUGCCCACCGUCAUUGCGGUUUGGGAGUUUUGUCGUGUCCGAAUACUGUUUCCGAUCCUUCGAAGACAAAAAUUCCUCCAAGAAAAGGCUGGAUUCUCCAGUCGAGGAGAACUGUCAUCCGGGGACGACAAAGGAUCCAAUCACAACAGCAGCAGCAGCAACACAAGCAGCCACAACAACCCAAACAAUACAAAUCUAACCAGUGGUACUGUCAACAAGACAAAAAAAGGAAGUGACAGUGGAAUCAAUGAUCUGACAUCCGGCCAUCGUCUCUCCCCUGCGGCACAAAAAGUGAUACGAUCCUUCACCAUUGCCUUUAAUCACAUUGCACCAGCCGUCCAUGUUUGCAUCCCCGUGUGCAUUCUCUUUUUCUACGCAUGGCAGUUGCGUCUUCCCUUUUCCAAUCAACUCAAUCCGUUUUCAUCCUCAUCGACAUGUGGUGCCACAAUUCAUGAUGCAACAACAUCGACCAAUGGCUUGCAGCAGGGAGGCUCAUCCGAUAGUACCACAUUCGAUAUCUUCCUGGUCUUGUCAUGUCCUACUAUUCUGAGCUUGCUACUAUUCAAUAGACUGGUCAACCCUUUCCCGGACCUCGUUGCUGGCUCGAAUGUUUUAAAGGCAGUUCGCAAUGAAGCAAAGACACACGGAGGAUCCAGCAGUAAACCACUCAAAACAAAAGCACAAAAGGAAAGUCAGGAUGGGUCCUGGACCGAACAGAACAAGAACAUUGUGGCACAAAAUCGAUUGCGGCUCUUUGUCACGGUGGGUCUGCUACGAACCAUGGAAAACCUAUUUGUGGCGGUUCUGUUGCCACGAACGGCGUUUGCCUGCAACACCACAGGGCACUGCCAAGAAGGCAUUCAAGUAUGGCAACUACCAUCUCUACUGUAUCCGGCAGGGAGUGCCUACCGAGGAGAUGUCUGUGCCAAUUCCUCCAUUGACUGGAAGUCUCUAUUCUUUGCGGGUAUAAGUGUUGUUUACUGCUCUGUGAUUUUGUUACUGGCGCAAGCCAUCACACUGAAUGGUUCCUAUUUGGCAGUCACUGGAUACAUUUGUGGAGAAUGGACCGAGGUCACUUCCGCCCCGACUUCUGGUCCCACUCCGUCACAGUGGGAUCCAAAGAGACGAUACAAAAAGGGAGACGUUGUCGUGGUCAACCGACCGUUCUCGUAUCCUCGACGACAAGUUCUCUACAAAGCAACCAGCAAUUCACCCGAGGGAAAGCCAUUCGACGUGUAUCUCCGAGCUGUGAACGAAAUGUUCCGCAACGAGCUGGGUCAUCCAUCCACGUCGAGACUUUUGGCGUAUGGCAUUGUUGGCUAUAUCAUGUUUAUUGGGGUGCUCAUCUUGGACUUUGUGGUGACCAGUGUGGUUUCAGAUAGUUCCCAUGGAAAGCUCCUGACUCUGGUGGGAAACAUUGUCGCUUGCUACGGUGCCGUUCGAGUUGGCCUUGCAAGGUCGUCCGAGAUUAGCAAAAUUGCAAAGGAAGUUGGUCAAUAA